AUGCAGGUUCCAUCUUUUCUUGGACCGGUUAUCAUUCUCGUGCUUACACUCAUUUUCUCUAUCUGCAUGUUAAGUUAUUUCCUCUGCAUCAAAUCAUCUGCCAGAAACAGAUCGGGCUGCAGUGAUGGAAGGGUGACUACCACGACGCCGGUGUCGCUGCUGGAGGUGAAGGUGACCCUGCCAGUGGAGGUGAUUUGCGGAGAUAAAAUAGUGGUGGAUAAGUAUGAUCCGAGGGAAUUGGCUCAGAUUCCGAAAACCAGGCUCGGAGAAGGCACCCUGGGAAGCUUGUUUAAAGUUGUUCUGAACUGUGGUUCCAUAGUUACAAUCAGAAAAAUAAGAACCGAGUUGAUUAGAGGUGCAGAUGAUCUAAAACUGUGGAUUAAUUUCUUCAAAGAGAUUCGGGAUGAGUGGUUGCUGCCCAUUCUCUUCAGCUUCUGGUACGGCGGUGAAGCUUAUGUUUUGUAUGAGUAUAUGUGUCUGGGAAGCUUGGAGGAGCUCUUACAUGGAAGCGAAGGAAUCCAGUUCAGUCCAUUGAAUUGGGGAAUCAGAAAGCAAAUAGCACUUUGUGCAGCCAAGGCAGUGGCCUCCAUUCACAACCAGUUGACUAAAAAUGGUGAAGCUCUUGUCUGUGGUGUGAUCAAAUCUUCCAAUAUCUUGAUUGGAACCGACUUUUCUGCUUGCCUCUCGAGCUAUGAGACACCUUAUCUGGUACCUACAUCUCUCAUCAUCAGAAGGAAUCAUGGAAGAAUAGCACCUGAACUUAGACAUGGUCGGAACUACCCCAAAAACUUUACACAGAAGUCUGAUGUAUACAGCUUUGGGGUACUACUUCUAGAGCUUAUAACAGGGAAGAGACCUUCAAUGACCAACUUGGGAGAGUACAUUUUAGAGAAGACCAAGAAAGAUGGAUUAAAAGGCAUAUACGACAUGGAAAUUGGAGAAGUGAAAGAAAAUAUGAUUGGAAUGGCUAGAGUUGCUCAGCUUUGCGUCUCGAGAGAACCGAAAGAUAGACCUUCCAUGGAUAAAGUUGUGAGCUUGAUUCAGGGGUUGCCAGAGUAG